AUGUCAAACCAUUUUCAAGGUCCCGUAACCACUAACCCUAAACACGUUUUAACCAAAGAAGAACAAGCAGCCGACGAGAACAUGGCGAGCUUGCAAGCUGAGAGUAUAGCGAACACUGUGGCUUUCCCUAUGGUUCUUAUAGCCGCCUUGCAGCUCGGCGUCAUUGACACCAUCGUUGCUGCAGGCAACGGCGCGUGGCUUUCACCCUCCGAGAUAACGUUCAGUCUUCCAACCAAACCAAUGAACCCGGAGGCACCGGUUUUGCUGGACCGGAUGCUGCGAUUACUCGUCAGCCACUCGAUGUUGAAGUGUCGAAUAGUUGAAAGCAGAGAAAACGGUCGAACCGGAAAGAUGGAAAGGGUAUAUGCAGCCGAACCGGUUUGCAAAUAUUUCUUGAAAGAUAGUGAGGGUUCUGGUUCUCUCGCGUCUUUGCUCAUCAUGUUGCAUGACAAAGUCAUUAUUAAGACUUGGACAAAGCUCAAGGAUGUGAUACUGGAAGGAAGAGAUGCGUUCAGCAAUGCACACGGCAUGAGAAUAUUUGAAUACAUUAAUAUGGACAAACGGUUCAGUGGGAUAUUUCACCAGGCAAUGUCGGAAUCUUCCACUAUGGUCAUGAAGAAGGUUCUAGAAGUUUAUAGAGGGUUUGAAGGUGUUAAGACUCUUGUGGAUGUAGGAGGAGCAAAUGGCACCAUAUUAGGUUUAAUCACGUCCAAGUAUCCUCAUAUCAAGGGCGUUAAUUUUGACCUAGCUCAGGUUUUAACCAAUGCUCCAUUUUAUCCAGGCGUUGAGCAUGUCUCUGGAGACAUGUUUACAGAAGUUCCAAAGGGAGAUGCUGUCUUUAUGAAAUUUUUCAUACCAACAACAACAAGAACGUUGACAAACCAUAUACAUACAGAGUCAGUUAUGUGCACAACAGCGCCUUCACUCCACCUCUUAUCACAUCAAGGCCAUUGACAGGGAAGUUCGAAACAUAAUCACAGCAAGAAGAAAUAGGCGGAACUUCGGCUCUCUUAUGUCAAAUUGGAUUCAGUGACUCACACUGUAAAUCAUCUACUGUGUUUUCCUUGCUUUUUAUUCUUUUUUGCCAAGGGAACACACAAAAAUAGGCUGUCUUGUAUAACCAAACUUUCAUAUUAACCAAACUUUCAUAUUUAUGAUAUUAACUAGUUACCCAA